CACAAAUCGUAUAUUACAAGUCCAGAAACAGAAGACUUGCACAAACUUGUUGAAAAGGUUUAUAAAAAGAUACAACGAGCUAGUAAUUAUUGUAAAAUAAGUGUAAAAAGUAAAGUCUAUAGUAGUUAUGGCUCAGUUUACUCUAGAAAAUGAGUUGAAUAGUGUAUUAAGAAUGGAUGCUCCUUUGACACGAGCGGCUCCAAUGGGUUAUCAAAGGAAAGCAUUAAAUGAUUCAGAAUGUAAUGCUUCUUUAAAUAUAAGUUUGAAAACGCCAAAGAAGAAUGCUAAUAAAUCAUUUAGCGGAUCCAAAACUCCUUCCAGUUCUGCAUCAGGAUCGUCAAAAAAGACUCCAAAAUCAGGAGGGAAACUUGGCACACCUGGCAACCGAACCAGAACUCCAGGAGGAGAUAGGUUUAUUCCUAAUCGUAGUACUUCACAGUUUAAUCUUGGACAUUAUAAACAUAUGAUGGAGCAAAAAGGACCAGAUGAAAGUGAAGCAUUAUUGAGUCCAUCAGAGAAGGAAUACAAACGAGUCAUGAAUGAGAAUUUAAAUGGUGAUUUAAUGAGCAGUAAAAUACUUUCCUUCAAAGCCAAAGCACCUUCAGCACCAGAAAGUUUUAACAGUAACCUUCGUGUUUUGUAUAGUUCAUCCAAAACCGCUUCCACUAGUAAGAAAGCAAUGCGUCAAGUACCCCAGGUACCAGAAAGAAUAUUGGAUGCACCAGACAUAAUGGAUGAUUACUAUUUAAACCUUUUAGACUGGUCUGUAACCAAUAAUUUAGCUGUAUGCCUGGGUGGUGCCGUAUAUUUAUGGAAUGGUACAACCGGUACUAUAACACAACUAAUGGGUAUGGAUAAUGAUGAUGAAUAUAUUGGUGCUGUGUCUUGGGUUAAAGAAGGAAAUUAUUUGGCUGUUGGAACGAGUACUGGAGAAGUUCAGUUGUGGGAUGUGGUGGAACAGAAAAGAUUAAGAAAUAUGGCUGGUCACUCAGCACGUGUUAGUUCACUUUCCUGGAAUUCAUUUAUUCUUAGCAGUGGCUCAAGAAGUGGUAACAUUCAUCAUCAUGAUGUGCGAGUUCCUCAACAUCAUGUAGCAACUUUAGCUGGUCAUAGUCAAGAAGUGUGUGGGUUACGCUGGUCACCAGAUGGCAAGUUUCUAGCUAGUGGUGGUAAUGAUAAUAUAUUAAAUAUCUGGUCGGCACAGUUUAAUAAUUUACCAGAAGAUAAUCAACCAUUACAUGUAUUUUCCCAACAUCAAGCUGCUGUUAAGGCAUUAUCAUGGUGUCCAUGGCAACCUGGUAUCUUAGCAAGUGGAGGAGGUACUGCAGAUAGACAGAUAUGUUUCUGGAAUUGUAAUACAGGAACACAUCUUAGUAGUGUAGAUGCCAAAUCACAGGUGUGUUCCUUAUUAUGGUCUAAAGAACAUAAAGAAUUAAUCUCCAGUCAUGGCUUUGCUCAAAAUCAAUUAACAAUAUGGAAAUAUCCAUCCAUGACAAAAGUUGCGGAUCUCACAGGUCACACAGCUCGUGUUUUACACAUGGCUAUGUCGCCAGAUGGCACAACAGUUGUUUCUGCUGGUGCAGACGAAACAUUACGACUCUGGAAGUGCUUUGAAGUAGAUGACCAAAAGAAAAAAGUUCAAAAAUCUGUGAACAAAGACAGUUCCACAUCAUUCAGACGAGCAAUGAUUAGAUGAAAUAUGGAAGUUUAUCAUGUAAAGUGCAAUAGAAUAUAACUUUUGUUUAGACUCAUUGAAUAAAGACUGUAUGACUGACAGGGUUACAGAUGUAUACAAAGUUUCUAAUAAGAUUAGAAUUGGAUCUAAGAUUAGUGGAAAUUAAAUCAUUGGUUUGUUGUUAUGUGUGUAUGAGAUAUUAGUUACUAAUACUUAGCCGAUUUAUGUUAUGUAUUAUUAUUUGUCAAUUUUAUCGUAUAUUUAGGUUGUUAUGUUAUGAAUAGUAAUAGCAAUUUGAUGUCUUUGUGUAACAAUGUACCAUUAGGUUAUUGGUAAUUUCUCAUUUAUAUGAAUAACUUUUUUCAUCUAUUUAAACACAUAUUUUAACAACUAAUAAAUUAUGAAAACUAGAAAGUGUAUUGUAAAUGUAUAAUUAUUUAAUGUUUUGUAAUCCUACAUUUAUGUACAUAUAGGCCUACCUGUUUACAAGUGUAAUUAAUAAAAGAUCAGGCAAAAAACAACUUUUCAAUUCCUUCUGUGCAACAGAGUAAAAUAUUCCGAUGAUGAUUGGGUUUAAAAUUUCAAGUAAUAUAGAUUAAAAAUAUUGCCUUUAUUUUCCAAACCCCUAGACUGGGUGAGUUGAGGAUGAACUAUUUAUUUAUGGAAAUCAUGUUUGUAUUAUAAGUGCUAUUGAUAUGUCUGUUAUCAAUUAAUGAUUUAAACAGUUUCUGUUACAUCAAAUAAAUGAAAAAUAUUGAUUUAUUUAA